CAAUGAUUAGUAGGAGAGAAUGGGAUGCCUCGAAGACUGCGAACGGCCUAUACUAACAACCAGCUCCUGGAACUGGAAAAGGAGUUUCAUUUCAAUAAAUAUUUGUGUCGACCCCGAAGAAUAGAAAUCGCGGCUACACUUGAAUUGAGUGAAAGACAAGUGAAAGUCUGGUUCCAGAAUCGCCGAAUGAAACACAAGAGACAGUCAUUGGUUAGUAAGAAUGGGGACGAAAAGGGAGCAAAGAGCGGGUCGUGUAGCAAUGAUGAGGACAGUAUGGAUAUGGAUGGCGGCAGUGGAGAGGGAGGGCACGCCAGUGGAUCCGAUACGGGCCUCGACUUAGAUAAGUCGGUCCUCAGUCCUAAUGAUAGCAAUCAUUCGCAGAGUUCUAGAGAAGAAAUCUCUUUGGAAAAGACAUCGAAAUUAACGCCACAUUCACUGAUUGAUGGGAACCAAUGCUGCGGUGAAUCCAUCUCUAAUCGAACUAAUAUCACGACUUCGGGAGUUGGCUCGCCAUCAGUCAUGUCUCCCCAUUGCGAAGACAUUAAGAUAUCAGUGUCUAAUUCCUCUCAUUUACUCCAUUCGGCGUUGUCUUCAGUAAGUAGUUCUCCGACCACUACUAGAAAUGCUUUGAGUUCGCCUUCGAGUGUCACAAUUAGUCCAAAAGGACAUCAAAGUCCGAGUGAACACUUGGUUUGUGCGCCAAUACAUGUGACUAAAGUGAGGAACUGGACUCCAAAUACGAGACAACCAUUGAAUACAUUAAACAAAAUAGAGUGCCAUUCAAACCAAAACAGUCUGAAUCCAGUGGUCAGUACUUCUUCGGCACAUUUAACAGCACAACAACCACUGCACGGACAGCACCCGCCAAACAGCCAAAACUUCUACAACCGGUGCUUCAAUACGUGUUCAUCUUCACCGUCGACCACAUUCUCAUACGGAAGACGACAGCGAUAUUCCACACAAUUCUCGUCUCAGAGCUCUUCCCGCUCGCCGCCAUCCAAUGCAUCAGUUUCUCAGACAACAAACUUUGGUUACCGAACGCCGCCAUCGGAUAACUUUACGGCCAAUACUCGCACUUCACAGGAGACCACAUCUGCCUCAACACCGGAACCUUUGGCGACAACAAAGUUCUUCUCGUGUGGACCCAACGGUUCAUUAUAUAGCGCUCAACCACAACAACAGUCCUCACAACUACACCAAAGGCCUCAUUAUUUCACUGCUGAUUAUAAUUGUGAUUAUUCUGGAGUGAGGAGUGAACCGCAGACAUACCCCCAAAGACAGCCAUAUGAGAGUACAUUCAUAGAUAAUGCACAACAACCACAACCGCAACAACAGUAUCUCUCCAAUGGAAUAGCCUAUGCAAUGAGCCAUACGGACCAAGAGUCGUAUGGAAGUGAGAACAGCGGUAGACCUCAAGCCAACACCACUACCAAUACCUAUACCAAUACCAAUACCAACCCUACGAACGCUGCUUAUUAUGAAGUGGAGACCAACUCCAGUGAUCACAACUCGCACCGCAUUCCCAGCGAAUACAAUGCAAUAGCUCUGAAACAACAGCCCCAACAAUACACGUCCCAAUCGCAGACUAACAGCUCCCAUCAGCACCAGUACUACGAUAUGCACAGCGCGGGUACAGCUGGCACCGGGAUGGCAGUGGCCGUCUCGCCCAACAUUCCCAACACAUAUGAUCAGACGUAUUGCAAUUCAAACAGCAAUAACAGUACAGACUUAUCGGCCAACGCUUAUAGUAAUUACAAUAAUAGCAACUAUUAUGACGUUUACAACAACUGUACGAAUAAUGAGUUUAAUUUCAUAAACAUUGCCAAUGAAUUCACUUCACCUGAAUAUUAUCAGCUCAGCUAA